AUGUUUCGAAAAAUUUCAACAUUUACUUCUUGGGCAAAUAGAACCAAUUGGUAUGUUCAACAACAUUUUAGACAGUUUGACGUCUAUACUAUUCUUCGACAUUAUUGUGGUUUUGAUCGAAAUGAUGAUGAUUUUGUCGAUCGUCUAUCUCGUUUUUAUUCUGUUCUUAUAUUUUCUGUUUUUGUCAUUAUUGUUUCUUCUGUACAAUUUGUUGGUAAACCAAUCUCAUGUUUUGCUCCAGCAUCAUUUACUGAUGCUCAUAUAACAUAUGCUGAUUUUAUUUGUUGGAUAUCUGAUACAUAUUUUGUUUCGAUUGAUGCUGAAAUUCCUGAACCAGACAAUGUUGAAGCUCGACAAGGUACAAAUGCUAUUCGAUUUUAUCAAUAUGUUCCAUUUAUAUUAAUGUUACAAGCAUGUGGAUUCUUUUUGCCGGGAUUUUUUUGGCGAAGUGGUUCAUCUCGUCUUGGUAUUCCAUUACAAAAACAUUUAGAUCAAUUAAAUAUGAGUCGUCGUUCAAUAGCCGAACCACCAAUGUAUCGUCGACAAUUAAUACGAAAUGUAGCUACUCGUCUUGAUCAAUAUUUUCGAAUGCGUCGUCGAACAUUAAUACCAAAAUUAACAUUUCUUUAUUUAUUUAUAAAAGUUAUUUAUAUAAUGAAUAUUCUUAUUCAAUUAAUAAGUUUACAUUAUUUAAUGAAUUUUGAAUUAACAUUUCAUUCAUUAUUUCAACGUUUAAUGAUUUAUAGUAGUACUGUACGUCAUGUAUCAUUACAAUUUCCAACAAAUGUUUUAUGUGAUUUUAUUGUUCGUUUUCUUGGAAAAAAUAAACAUCGUCAUACAGUUCAAUGUGUUUUACCCAUAAAUGUAUUUAAUGAAAAAAUAUUUAUAUUUGCUUAUUUAUGGUUAAUCUUACUUUUAAUAUGUACAUUAUAUAAUUUAUUAAUACAAUGGAUAUUAUUUAUUUUAUUGCAUCGAAAUGUUAUUGAUACACGUAUUCGUCGUUUACGUCCUAUGUCAUCAAAAUUUCGUAUUAAUGAUAAUUAUCAAGAAAAUGAACACGUACGUGUAUUUGAUUAUCAACCAAUAACAAAAAGUUUUAGUCGAGAUUAUUUACGUUGUGAUGGAAUUGUUAUUAUGAGAUUAUUUGAUAUGAAUAUUGAUCUUGUUACAAUGAAUGAUUUAAUGAAUGAUUUAUGGGAAUUGUAUAAAGCUAGUCCUGUAUGA